GUUUCCGUGGUAACCAGGCUGCGCGUCCUCAUUGGAGCUGUGGGUGGAGUGCGGCUUCUUGGAGUUGCCGGAUAAAAAAUGUCCAUACUCACUUCUCCCCGAGGAAAGGUGGAAGUGGUUCAUUGCCGAAGAACAGAAUCGCAGGAUAUUUAUUGUAUCAAAAAACUCAUUAGAAAAUUUACCCAGAGGCUGUUUGGGAAGCUUAAUAUCAUCUAUCUUCUAGAAAAGGCAAACCUUGCUGUCACCCUCUGCAAUGACAAGGAAGAGAUCAUGGCCCAGGCCACCUUCUUGGACUAUCCCAACUGGAAUGUUUCCAAGCAGGAUGACUGGGUGUCAGUGUUCCGGGAGCUCGACAGCGAAAUCCCAUGCACACCUCUGAAUACAUUGUUCAUGCACCUGUUUGUGGCUGUGGAUGAGUUUUCCACUGGUUGUUGCAAAGAGAUUAUUCGGAACGUGUUUAAAGCAGUGCCAGAACUACACUUCAUAUUUCUCACAGUGCCAUCCUACAUGAGCCUAGGCUCAACUCUAGUAACUGUGUUUCACCAAGUGGGGACUAUCCCAAAUUUGACGUAUGAUGAGGACUUCGCAGUACAAAUAUGCCUUAGGCACAACCAUUACCCUCAGCUGCAUGUUCGCAAAGCCAGGGUGGAAGACCAUGACGAUCUCAUGCCAAUAUUUAUGCACUAUGACACUGUCCUGAAGGAAACUUAUGGUGAAUACUUCCUUGCUGAACUGAUAGAGGCCCAAGAUGAAGAGAAUCAUGCCGUUGUGUGUGAGGUGGAAGGUGUAGCUGUCGGGUUCAUGAGUGUGUGCUCAAGAGUGAACUUGCCCCUGCUGCACGAGUGCUUCGACUUGGGGCCUUUCCACGGACUCUGUGUCCCACAUCCUGAUGACAUUCUGGAAACACCACAAGAAAUAGAUGUUCAAGAAGAUCAAGAUGCUGAGUUCAUGAGUAACAGGCUAGGAGUCCAGAGAAUUUCUGAGGAUCCAGAGAAAUCUCUAUAUAUAGAGGCCAUGGAGAACAUCCAGGAAAAAGUCCUUGAAGAAGCUGCAUCUGGGGAACCUGUAUUAUCAAUCCAAAGUGGAAUUAGUGAAACUCAGGAGGUAGAAAAACUCAGCAGGAGUUCCAUUGUUGAUGAAGAGGAGCAAUAUAUCAGCAGUGAGAGCUCCACAUCCAUCUCACUGCACGAAGAGCCCAGUUACUUCCGCCCUGUCUACAAGGGAGAGUCAGAUGCUUUUUGUAUUCAGCUAUUUUGUAUUGAUGAGAAAUAUGAAGCAAGAUCGUUGGAUUUUAUGAAUUUUGUUUUCAGUCUUUUUCCUGACAAGAACUUCUGCCUCAUUUCUCUGCCCCAUCUCACCCCUGAGUUUGUCCUCAUCCAGAACUUUGUGAAGAUCGUCCCCUACAACAACUGCACCCUUGAACAUGAUCUCUAUGUCUUCCAUCGGGCUGGAUUGCUGAAGUCCAUUAAGAUAAGAUUAGCCACUUUAAUGGACACUCCUGGCAUUGAAAAGCUUGUGAGAACCCUCAUGCUCAGUGAAAGCAUAUUGACAGAUUUAAGCCAAUACAAUGAAGCUCGCAGAGACCCUGAUGGAACACCAAUGCAGGCAUUUGUUGCUGAAGUUGCUGAACAAAUAGUUGGUAUUGCAGUGAUCAGAAAUGAAAUGGAUGUAGAGUACAUACGGUCCCAUUACAAUAUUGAAGAUUUCAUCUACUUCAGCCACCAUCAGCGGGAAGAACAUGGUCACUUGUAUCACUUUGCCCUGAACCCUAUUUUCCGGCACUACACCAAGUUUUUUCUGAAGGAGAUCCUUCGCUUAAGCUAUAAGUCCUGUCUCUACUACCCUAUUUACCCACAACCCAGGAAAGGCAAGUUCCAGAACCCCUACGCCCACUCCCUGACAUCUGCCCUUCAUUACUUGGUUCCCGUGCGACCACGACGACAGAUUGUCUAUCCUCUGGAAAAGCUUGGCAUAAACGCUCCAUCAAAGGCGGUCUCCAAGGAUCCGUUGAGUUAUGCCUUGAACCACACAAACAGAAAACUAACGUUGGAACCUAAAAUAACUGUCAAUGCCAGGAUUGUUGUGGUUGGUGCAUCCACUGUGGGAAUUUCCUUCCUAGAGACAUUGAUAUUUUGUUCUCACCUGAAGUUUAAUAAUCUCACCCUGAUUUCAACUCAUGGACUCCCAGGGAAAAAACUUCUGGGCAAUGAACAAAGAAAGUUUCUGGCAACCAACCACUGUUUUAAUGAUAAAGAUUAUGCAUUGAUGUCACUGUGCUCCUGGGUUAAUGUUGUGGUUGGUAGAAUGACUGGCAUAGACCGAGCAGCCAAGCACGUAAUAGUUUCCAAGGACCAAAUCGUGCUGUACGACCACCUCAUCCUCUGUACCGGGCAGCAGUACCAGGUCCCAUGCCCUACCGGGGCCGACCCUGGGCAACACCUGACAAACAGAGAGGUUCCAGAAAGCAGUCAACUGCAAUACGCUGGGAAAGUUCCCAGCAACCAUUUCAUUCUCAACGAGGAGGAAGACUGCUUAAGUGCCCUGGUCUGGAUAAGGAAGCAAUACUUCCCCACCGAAGGGAAUGUCAUUGUCUAUGGGAAUACGAUUGAUGCUUACACCACUGUGGAAACGCUCUUACACAUCGGUGUGAAGGGCACCUGCAUCUACCUAGUGCAUCCACCUCCUGAGUCUAUCAUCACCUGCAUCAACAACUACACAGUGGAAAGCGCAGUGGAGGAUGCGCUCAGUACCGCCGGAGUGACCAUUUACCAGGAUGCAGUCUUAGCUCAGUGGAAUGACGGCCAGUACCCAGAUCCCAUUCACAGUGCCAGCUUCACCACACCCACCAAGCCCUUCAGACUUACGUGCUCUAUGUUCUUCAGCUUCUGUGAGAAGAAAGUGGAUUAUGAAACAUUUAAAGCAUUCAAUGAUGCAUGUCUUGUCUAUGAUGGCCGACUUGUGAUUGAUACCAACUUCCACACAAAUGACGUAGCCAUCCGGGCUGCUGGCUCCCUCACCAAGUUCUCUAAUAGAUAUUACUCAAAUGAGUGGACUCACAGCAACUUUAGUUCCAAAGAAAUUGGCUUUCAGCUGGCAGCAGCUAUGCUCAAUCUCUUUGAUCCAACUCUUGAGCCCGUGACUAAGCCACCUGCCGAUCUUGACCGACUCAUCCCCAUGUAUAAGGGAGCCAAGAUCCAAGGAGGAAUUCUUCCUGGGUCUUACCAUUAUCUGCAUGUUUCCAAGCCUAAUAUUCCAACUCCCUUGGCGGUACAAAUGUCACAGACCAAUUUUGGGUCAGAAAUAAUAACAGGUAAUGUGAAAAAUGGGACAUACUUCCGAAUUCAUGUUAACAAGUAUAAGAUAGUGGAGACCAUCACGUGCCUUUCUAAGGAGGCUUUCCCUGCUUCCAACUACAUCCGCUUGCUUGGCCAGCAUGAGCAAGUCCUCAACAACCUGUGCGCUCGUUAUGACGACAAGCUGAUCACAGAUCUCUACAGCUACUUCACGGAGCCGUGGUGCAUGGCCCUCUUCCACGAUCGUUUUAUUGAUCUCAGGAAAGAGUUACGCCAAAUCUUAGCCUCCAAGGAGGAGGAAAACCUUCCUUCCAUAGAACAGUUAGCCCAUCAGAUAGAAGACGAGGAAAUAAACCUGAAGGAGAGCCCCAGGAAAUACCUCAAGAGAGUUUUCCAGGAAACCAUCUACAAAAACCUGGUGGAAAGAAGCAUCCUCGACUAUCUACACUAUAACCAUUACCACCUGCCCAUGUACGCGUGGCCCGGCAUCAUUUAAUUGUGGCCAGGGUCUCCAUCGUAUUAUAUCCAUACAUUUAGUUAUCGCAAGUGCUCUGUAGAAAUAGAAAAGCUCCCAGAAGCUUGGCUUGACAGCUAAGCGCCAUCGUGGUUUCCUGGAUUGUUUUCCGCCUCACUUAUGCCUGUAGUUUUAUUUUCUUCCAGGAGGUGGCGCACGACCGUGCGUCUCUAUUCUGGGGCAGGGACGCUUUACCAAUAAAUACCAGACAUGUU